UUGGCCAGGUGGCAGCCAAACCUAAAGAGUAGUAUCGGUGAUAAUAAUCUCAGUCCCAGAGAUGGCGGCAGGAUCUCUGCUCUUCAUACCACUCGGUCGAUGGAUAUUUCUCCUCAUCUUCACUACUGCAGUAGCAGGGGUGAACCUGGAGGGGGAGCUGUUCAAGGACCUGAUGAGAGGAUACAACAAGAACGUUCGGCCCAUGGAGAAGAGUGGAGACAUCACACAGGUCACCGUCAAGAUGACCCUCACCAACCUUAUAUCCCUGAAUGAAAAGGAAGAAGCCCUUACAACCAGCGUCUGGAUUGAAAUGAAAUGGUGUGACUACAGGCUGAGGUGGGACCAACCUCCCAGGUCUGCCCUGUAUGGAAACCUCACCUCUGAGAUGAGGAUCCCCUCCAAGAGCAUCUGGCUGCCUGACAUCAUCCUGGAGAACAAUGUGGAUGGAAAGUUUGAGAUAGCCAUGUACUGUAAUGCCCUGGUCUCUCCUGGUGGCUGUGUGUACUGGCUGCCUCCUGCCAUCUAUCGCAGCGCCUGCUCCAUCACCGUCAACUACUUCCCCUUCGACUGGCAGAACUGCACCAUGGUCUUCCGUUCCCAGACCUACAACGCUAACGAGAUAGAACUAGUUCUGACGGAGGAGGACAACCAGCCUGUGGAGUGGGUGGUGAUCGACCCCGAGGCUUUUACAGAGAAUGGGGAGUGGAUCAUCAAGCACAGGCCUGCUAAGAAGCUGAUUAACCAGCGCUACACUAAAGAUGAGUUAGAGUACCAGGAAGUGGUGUUCUUCCUGAUGAUCCAGAGGAAACCUCUGUUCUACGUCAUCAACAUCAUCGUCCCCUGUGUCCUCAUCUCAUCCCUGGGCCUGCUUGUCUACUUCCUGCCUGCCAAAGCUGGGGGUCAGAAGUGCACCGUGUCCAUCAUGAUCCUCCUGGCCCAGACGGUUUUCCUCAUCCUCAUAGCCAACAAGGUUCCAGAAACUUCCCAGACUGUUCCUCUUAUCGGAAAGUACCUGAUGUUUGUCAUGUCCGUGACCACCAUUAUAGUAAUGAACUGCGUCAUCGUGCUGAACCUGUCUCUAAGGUCCCCCAAUACACACAUCAUGACAAAUAAAGUCAGAAAGGUCCUGCUGAACAUCCUGCCUCGGCUGCUGAGGAUGCAGAUGCGACCGUGGACACCGUCUGAGGACUGUGACUUCAGUGAUGGAACCGGUAAUGGUCACAGUUACAGUACCGACGGUGGGAGUAACGUAUUUCUAGUCCCCUGCCGGCGCCGCAGCUCCCUAGGACUCAUCAUCAAGGCAGAAGAAUACGUCAUGAAGACGGCCCGGUCUGAACUCAUGUUCUCCAGGCUCAGAGAGAGAGACGGCCUCAUGAAAUCUGCACUGGAGAAGAUCCAUAACAGUCUUGAGGGGGGUACGGCACAGGACCUGGGGACCAGCCUGGCCCAGGCCUCACCAGAGGUGCGCCAGUGUGUGGAAUCCUGCAAACAUAUUGCUAAGAGCGCCAGGCAACAAAACAACUUUGAAAGCGAGAACGAGGAGUGGUUCCUGGUUGGCCGGGUGAUUGACAGGGUGUGCUUCAUCGCCAUGGCGCUGUCGUUCUUCAUGGGUACCAUCGGAAUCUUUCUGAUGGGGCAUUUCAACCAGCCCCCCUCCGUGCCUUUCCCUGGUGAUCCCAGGAAGUACCUUCCUCCAUUAGGGAAUAACAUCACCGAUCCCUUUGGGAAUGACACUGGAGAAAAUCUACUGGGUUGAGACUGUAAGGAGGGGCAUGAAAUGUCCAUAAACCAGGAGGAGAAGUCUGAAAAUGGCCCAUGAAAUGAAUGGGGUUUAGCAGAGGUUCUAGAGGCUACAGGAUGCUUUGAGAUAUCUAUGGUUAUGUCUGCAUUGGUGGUCUGAGACUGAAACUAAACCAUGUGGGUCUGUCAGAAGUGUUACAGUCUAUGAGUUCACUCAUUCAGUGAGACAUGAAGGAUUUUGGCAGAAAAUUAUAGAUAUCCAUAUUAUUUACACAGGGAUAUGCUUGACCAUAUGCACUGAUGCCUUGAAUGAUAUGUCUGUUUCAGAGCAAUGGUUGAAGGUGUUUUUUUUUAACAUAGAUAUUACCACUGAGUAAUAUGCUAAAGUUUUAUCACAUUUUAAUGUUUACUUUCUUUAAGGCAACCCAACCUGGACUCAGGGGUUGACGCAACAUAGUACAGUGCCUUGCAAAAGUAUUCAUCCC